UAUUCCUUCUGGAACUUUCGGGAUGGAAGUUUCAAGAAACGUGUCCUAAAAGUAUAAAAAGACUGCACCAGGCCUACAGAUCCGUAGAUAGCACUCAAGAGAGAGCACGCAACUGACAAGACACUAGACGAUUCACCACGAGCGGAGUAUAACUCCAUACACAAGAAGAUUUAUAUAUCUGUUCACAAAGAAGACCUUCGAAAAGAUGCCUGAGAAAGCUGCACAACCCAUGAUGGAAGAGGAAGUGGAGACUUUUGCCUUUCAGGCAGAAAUUGCUCAGCUGAUGUCUCUGAUCAUCAACACUUUCUAUUCUAACAAGGAAAUAUUCCUCAGAGAACUUAUCUCUAACUCUUCUGAUGCCUUGGACAAGAUCAGAUAUGAAAGUUUAACAGAUCCAAGCAAACUUGAUUCCUGCAAGGAUUUGAAGAUUGACAUCAUUCCCGACCAGAAGGAUCGCACACUGACCAUCAUCGACACUGGCAUUGGCAUGACUAAAGCUGAUCUCAUCAAUAACUUAGGAACCAUUGCCAAAUCUGGAACCAAGGCAUUCAUGGAGGCUCUGCAGGCGGGAGCUGACAUCUCUAUGAUUGGUCAGUUUGGCGUGGGUUUCUACUCUGCCUACCUGGUAGCUGAGAAAGUCACUGUUAUUACCAAACACAACGAUGAUGAGCAGUAUAUCUGGGAAUCAGCCGCAGGGGGCUCCUUUACAGUGAGGCCUGAUAAUGGCGCACCACUGGGUCGUGGCACAAAGGUGAUUCUUCAUCUGAAAGAGGACCAGUCAGAAUAUACAGAGGAGAAACGUAUUAAGGAGGUUGUGAAGAAGCACUCUCAGUUCAUCGGCUACCCAAUCACUCUGUUUAUUGAGAAACAGAGAGAAAAAGAAGUUGAUCUAGAAGAAGGAGAGCAGGAGGAGGAAGUUCCAGCUGGUGAUGACAAGGAUAAACCAAAUAUUGAGGAUGUAGGAGCUGAUGAGGAUGAGGACAGCAAGGAUGGCAAAAACAAAAGGAAGAAAAAGAUCAAGGAAAAGUACACUGAUGCUCAGGAGCUAAACAAGACCAAACCUAUCUGGACCCGUAAUCCUGAUGACAUCACCAAUGAGGAAUAUGGAGAGUUCUACAAGAGCCUUACUAAUGACUGGGAAGAUCACCUUGCAGUCAAGCACUUCUCAGUAGAGGGCCAACUGGAGUUCCGUGCUCUGCUGUUUGUCCCAAGAAGAGCAGCUUUUGACCUCUUUGAGAAUAAGAAGAAAAGAAACAACAUCAAGCUCUAUGUGCGCAGAGUCUUUAUUAUGGAUAACUGUGAAGAGCUAAUACCUGAGUAUCUCAACUUUAUCAAGGGUGUGGUAGACUCUGAGGAUCUGCCCCUAAACAUUUCCAGAGAGAUGCUGCAACAGAGCAAGAUUCUUAAAGUCAUCCGAAAGAACCUGGUCAAGAAGUGCCUUGAGCUCUUCACCGAAAUCUCUGAGGACAAGGACAACUACAAGAAGUACUAUGAGCAGUUUUCCAAAAAUAUCAAGCUUGGUAUUCAUGAAGACUCUCAGAACCGCAAGAAGCUCUCAGAGCUUUUGCGCUACUAUACUUCUAACUCUGCAGAUGAGAUGGUGUCUCUCAAGGACUAUGCCUCUCGCAUGAAGGAGAACCAGAAGCACAUCUAUUACAUCACUGGUGAGACAAAGGAACAAGUGGCCAACUCAGCCUUUGUCGAACGGUUGCGCAAAGCUGGCUUGGAGGUGAUCUACAUGAUUGAGCCCAUUGAUGAGUACUGUGUUCAGCAGCUUAAGGAAUAUGAUGGCAAAACCUUGGUGUCAGUGACCAAGGAGGGUCUGGAGCUGCCUGAGGAUGAAGAAGAAAAGAAAACGCAGGAAGAGCUUAAAUCCAAAUUUGAAAGCCUUUGCAAGAUCAUGAAGGAUAUUUUAGAUAAAAAGAUUGAAAAGGUUGUUGUGUCCAACCGCCUGGUUGCCUCCCCCUGCUGCAUUGUGACCAGUACAUACGGCUGGACAGCCAACAUGGAGAGGAUCAUGAAGUCUCAGGCCUUGAGGGACAAUUCUACUAUGGGUUACAUGACGGCUAAGAAGCACCUGGAGAUCAACCCUUUGCACCCGAUUAUCGAGACUCUUAGAGAGAAGGCAGAGGCUGACAAGAAUGACAAAGCUGUGAAAGACCUUGUGAUACUGCUGUUUGAAACCGCUUUGCUGUCUUCUGGAUUCACCCUGGAGGACCCACAGACACAUGCCAACCGUAUCUACAGGAUGAUCAAACUUGGUCUAGGCAUUGAUGACGAUGAUUCGGCGGUGGAGGAUAUCAUUCAGCCUAGUGAGGAAGACAUGCCAGUUCUGGAGGGUGAUGAAGACACGUCGCGGAUGGAGGAAGUUGACUGAGAUUUCAAGCUUGUAUGUACUGUAGAAAAAUAAAAUGUUAAUGCAUUUAUCUGGAAAUACAUUCUUAUGGCAGUUUUUGUCAGCUUUGUAACAAGUAAAGGCUUUAUGGAGGAUCCGUUUGUAACUAGCCUAUUUAAUCUUUUUUCCUUUGAAAUGUAGUGUUUUAUUUUUAUUUUUGGCUUUUUGAUUUAGUCAUGAGAAAUUUCUGCUGUUUUUAAGUUUAAAAGUUUUUUAUUAAAAGAAAUAUGGAACUUAAUAUUUUUAAUAAAAUAU